CUGGAAUCUGAAGCUUCCUCCAGCAUCUGAGUCAGACUAAGAGGACAGCAGAACUGCUGGAUGUGCUCUGCUGCCAGUGUGACCUCUGCAGUUCCCCCUCCUCAGGGCCAGCUAUGAGUUCCUGCAACUUCACACAUGCCACCUUUGUACUUAUUGGUAUCCCAGGACUAGAGGAAGCCCAUUUCUGGUUCGGCUUCCCACUGCUUUCAAUGUACGCUGUGGCCGUGUUUGGAAACUGCAUCGUAGUCUUUAUUGUAAGAACAGAGCGCAGACUGCAUGCUCCCAUGUACCUCUUUCUCUGCAUGCUGGCAGCUAUUGACCUGGCCUUGUCCACAUCCACCAUGCCCAAGAUCCUUGCCCUCUUCUGGUUUGACUCCCGGGAGAUUUCUUUUGAUGCCUGCCUUGUCCAGAUGUUCUUCAUUCAUGCUCUCUCAGCCAUUGAAUCCACCAUCCUACUGGCCAUGGCCUUUGACCGUUAUGUGGCCAUCUGUCACCCACUGCGCCAUGCUGCGGUGCUCAAUAAUACAGUAACAGCCCAGAUUGGCAUGGUGGCUGUGAUCCGCGGAUCCCUCUUCUUUUUCCCACUGCCACUACUCAUCAAGCGGCUGGCCUUCUGCCACUCCAAUGUGCUCUCACACUCCUACUGUGUGCACCAGGAUAUGAUGAAGUUGGCCUAUGCAGACACAUUGCCCAAUAUGGUCUACGGUCUUACUGCCAUUCUCCUGGUCAUGGGUGUGGAUGUCAUGUUCAUCUCCUUGUCCUACUUUCUGAUUAUACGAACAGUUCUGCAACUGCCCUCCAAGUCAGAAAGGGCCAAAGCCUUUGGGACCUGUGUGUCACACAUUGGUGUGGUCCUGGCCUUCUAUGUGCCACUCAUCGGCCUCUCGGUGGUGCACCGCUUUGGAAACAGCCUUGAUCCCAUUGUGCAUGUUCUCAUGGGGGAUGUCUACCUGCUGCUGCCUCCUGUAAUCAAUCCCAUCAUCUACGGUGCCAAGACCAAGCAGAUCAGAACACGGGUGCUGGCUAUGCUCAGGAUCAGUUGUGACAAGAACAUUCAAGCUGUGGAACAUAGGUGACCCUUGCCAUCCUAAUUCCCCUUAUUCUUACUAGUUUAAUAUAAUUAUUUCAUAACACUAAUUUAAUUCCAGUUGCCUGUAAACACAUCAGUGCUUUUUCUCCAUCUGGAAUAGUAAACUACAGUCUAGUCGCUUCAUGGAAUAAUAAGUGGGAUAAUCCAUAUUAAUGGAAUAUUAUCUGGUUAAAAGACUGAUAAAAAUGAAACAUUGUAAUAUUAA